CAAAUAAAUGCAACUUAAAAAACUUAAAAACACAAAAUCAGGGCAAUACUUGCCUAGCAUGCAGGAAGCUUUGCGUUCCAACCCCAUCAUUCAAACCAGAUGUGGUGGAACAGGUGUGAAAUUCCAGCACGCAAGGAGAUGAGGCAGGAGGACCCAAUGUUCAAGGCUAAUCUUGGCUACAAAGAAAACUGGAGCUUGAGCUGGUAGCUUAAUCUGUGUGAGACCCUGUCUCAAACACAAAAAUGGAUCUGGGAUGCCAAAUGGAGAAGAGGUGUGCCAGAGGGUGUUCUUUGAAGAGGCUGAGCUCCUCUUUUCCCUCAGCCUAUCCUACCUUGUCCUUACUCUCUAUUUCCAUUCUUUUCCCUUCAAAUCUCUGCCAACGCGUCCUGCCCCGCCUCAUUGAGUUAUGCAAAUGAACGUCAUAUAGCCCUGCCCCGUUAUUCUCACAACUCCCCGCCCCUCUGUGUUAUGCAAAUGAGACCCAAAGGCCCCGCCCACCUGGUGAAGAAGAGACUUGGGCCCGCCCCCCACGGGUUAUGCAAAUGAUGGCUCCUGCCCCCGCCCCACUGGGUUAUGCAAAUAAGGCACCCUGUGGCCCCGCCCCUGCCUCGGCCACGGAGUCUGCGCGGAGCGGCAAGUCCGGCGGUCCAGGCUUCUUCUCGUUGUCCGCCUGCCUGACCAGCGAUCUGUCUGACUGUUCUGCGGCGCCGGGACCGUCUAGAGGGAGCGAGGGUUCAGGCGGCGGCGGCCUAGACAGGGCCUCAAUGGAGCCCUGGAUGUACAGUGCCCACCCUCACCUGCCUGGGCCUCAAUUUCCACAUCGGUGCAAUGGAGAUGAGUGUCCUUGCCCUGCUGACCUCAAGGAGUGUCUGUGAGUUGGUGGUGGUGGAGGUGGAUGCCUGUCGGAAGCCCUAGGGCACUUUCACAGGCCCAGGUGUCACCAUGGCUGGAGGGAGACCUCACCUGAAGCGGAGUUUCUCCAUCAUCCCCUGCUUUGUCUUCGUGGAGGCCUCUGACCUCCUCCUGUCCUGUCUCUCUUUGCUUCUCUCCGGUCCCUGACUGGCUGCAUGCAGUCUGUGUUGCUGGGCAUCGUCAUCCUUCUUGCGUACCGCCUGGAGUUCACGGACACCUUCCCCGUGCACACGCAGGGCUUCUUCUGCUACGACAGCGCUUAUGCCAAGCCGUACCCUGGGCCCGAGGCUGCCAGCCGAGCACCCCCCGCCCUCAUCUAUGCCCUGGUCACUGCUGGGCCCACCCUCACGAUCCUUCUGGGGGAACUGGCCCGUGCCUUCUUCCCUGCGCCACCCUCCGCCAGUCCUGUCAGUGGGGAAAGCACCAUUGUGUCCGGGGCCUGCUGCCGCUUCAGUCCCCCACUGCGGAGGCUGGUCCGAUUCCUGGGGGUGUACUCUUUUGGCCUCUUCACCACGACCAUCUUUGCAAAUGCGGGACAAGUGGUGACCGGUAACCCCACACCUCACUUCCUGUCGGUAUGUCGCCCCAACUACACGGCCCUGGGUUGCCCACCACCGUCUCCUGACCGGCCAGGGCCUGACCGCUUCGUCACCGACCAGAGCGCCUGUGCAGGCAGUCCCAGCUUGGUGGCCGCCGCACGCCGCGCCUUCCCCUGCAAGGAUGCGGCCCUGUGCGCCUACGCCGUCACCUAUACAGCGAUGUACGUGACCCUAGUGUUUCGCGUGAAGGGUUCUCGCCUAGUGAAACCUUCCCUCUGCCUGGCCCUGCUGUGCCCCGCCUUCCUGGUGGGCGUGGUCCGCGUGGCAGAGUAUCGCAACCAUUGGUCGGACGUGCUGGCUGGCUUUCUGACUGGAGCAGCCAUAGCCACCUUUUUGGUCACCUGUGUUGUGCACAAUUUCCAGAGCCGACCCCUCUCUGGUCGAAGGCUCUCCCCCUGGGAGGACCUCAGCCAGGCCCCCACCAUGGACAGCCCCCUCGAAAAGUUAAGUGUGGCCCAGGAACCCGAGACCUGCAGGCCGCAUUCGACACCGGCACGGCUCACCCCAUCCAAGCCGCAGAACUGUGCCCGCCGUGGCCACCUGAUUCCCAGCUGUGUGUCCUCCAGGGCACCAGCGAUGUGCUCCUCGCCCCGUGUGCCCCGCCCUCGACUGAGGUCUGAGCCAACACCCCUGCCUCUGCCGCUGCCCCUUCCUGCACCGACUCCCAGCCAGGGUCCCUCGCCUUCCUCCCCUGGACCCGGGGGCCCAGGUGGGGGAGGUGGGCGGGGCCGGAAGCUGCUGCUCCCCACGCCCCUGCUACGGGACCUGUACACCCUCAGUGGACUCCAUCCCUCCCCUUUCCACCGUGACAACUUCAGCCCCUAUCUGUUUGCCAGCCGCGACCACCUGCUGUGAGAUCCACCACCUAAAAUCUACCCAGUGUCCCCCGUUUCCUCCCUGCCAUACGUGCGUGUGGCACGUGAGUGCUAAAGGCCCCUGCCCUCCAAACCAGCCAGGUCCAGCGUCAGAAGAUGGCUGUAAGGGACGCUUCAAGGCAGGGAAUCUCUUGGCUGCUCUUUGGCCUUCUGGGACAUCUGGGUGGGCAAAAAUAACCAGUUGGGCCCAUGUCCCUAGGAUUGCCCUUUUAACGGCUGAAGCUUGACCUAACUAGCCAUUGCCUAUCCAGUGAGAGCUCCGAGUUCUCAGAAUUCAACCCAAAAGUUUACAAAAGUUUAUGGGAACCUCUCACUUCUUAGCUUCCUCAAGCAAGAGGGUGCUACUCUGGCCAGUGUUCAGUGUCUAAACAGCCAAUAAGAGCCCUUGGCGUUCAGAAUUGCCGAGAGUGGGUGGGAAUGAUUCCAGUCAAUGGGGGACCGCCCGUGUCAAAGCCAAGUCAAAGCCAAGGAGAGCUAUCCAGUCUCUCCCCGGGAACACGGAGUCCAGCUGGAGGGUGGGGGGGGCAGGCUCCCCCACAGCAGGGUCCUGCGGCACCCCUUCCCUUCUAGCCCUUCCCCCAGGUGCACCAUCUCAUACCCUCCAACUCCCUACUUAUGUAGGGCUUGCCCCAGUUCACAGGUUUUGGAGUUCCGGAUGCUGUCUCCCUUGGCUGUGCCUAGGGCACCCCCCCCAAACCUUCUGUUAUUUAUUAGGGCUGUGGAAAAAGACUUUCUUUUCUUGGAACCCAACCUUCUUCUUCACACUGCCCCCAUGCCUCAGCCUCAUGCAGUUGUGCCAUCUUGGGGGGCAUGGGUGGAGCAGAAGGGGGUUUCCCUACCCUGAAUAGCCAAAAGCAGUGGGCAGAUGAGACACUGUCCCCCUUUCCUGCCCCCUCCUCAUCUUUAAUAAAGACCUGUUUGUAACAGAA